AUGGGACGCCUGUGUCUGCUCCUGGUUGUCACUCUCUCCUUACUCACCUGCCAGGUUUUGUGCUCCGGAAUGUUUGAGCUGAAGUUGCAGGAGUUUCUCAACAAGAAAGGGAUACCGGGGAACUCAAACUGCUGCCCCAGAGGCUCUGCUCAUCCGCAGGGCCAGCAUCAGCAGUGUGAGUGCAAGACUUUCUUUCGGGUUUGUCUGAAGCACUACCAAGCCAACGUCUCCCCAGAGCCUCCCUGCACCUACGGCGGGGCUGUGACUCCCGUCCUCGGCUCCAACUCCUUCCAGGUGCCGGAGACCAACGCGGAAAGCUUCACCAACCCAAUCCGCUUCCCCUUCGCCUUCACAUGGCCGGGGACGUUUUCACUGAUCAUUGAAGCUCUGCACACCGACUCCCUGGACGACCUGGCAACAGACAACCCUGAGCGUCUGAUCAGCAGGGUCACCACUCAGCGUCACCUCACUGUGGGAGAAGAGUGGUCCAAGGAUAUACAGACAGGUGGCAGAACUGAGCUGCGUUACUCCUACCGCUUCCUGUGCGACGAGCACUACUACGGCGACGGCUGCUCCGUCUUCUGCCGGCCCAGAGACGAUGCUUUUGGCCACUUCACCUGCGGCGAGCGGGGGGAGAUCAUAUGCAACUCUGGCUGGAAGGGACAAUACUGCACUGAACCAAUCUGUCUUCCUGGUUGUGAUGAAGAACAUGGCUUCUGUGAAAAACCCGGAGAGUGCAAGUGUCGCGUGGGCUUCAGCGGGCGCUACUGUGAUGACUGUAUCCGUUACCCAGGCUGCCUCCAUGGCACCUGCCAACAGCCUUGGCAAUGUAACUGCCAGGAGGGAUGGGGCGGGCUCUUCUGCAACCAGGAUCUGAACUACUGUACACACCAUAAGCCCUGUCUUAAUGGAGCCACCUGUACCAACACUGGCCAGGGCAGCUACACGUGCUCUUGUCUGCCUGGAAACACAGGAGCCAGCUGUGAGAUUCAGGUCAACGAAUGUUCUGUAAACCCCUGUCGCAACGGAGGCAGCUGCACUGACAACGAGAACGGCUAUAAGUGCACCUGCCCACCUGGUUUUUAUGGCCUCAACUGUGAGUUAAGUGCCAAUACCUGUGCAGAUGGGCCUUGCUUCAAUGGCGGGCGUUGUGCCGACAACCCUGAAGGUGGUUACUUCUGUCAGUGCCCGAUGGGAUAUGCUGGCUUCAACUGCGAGAAGAAAAUCGACCACUGCUCCUCUAACCCCUGUUUGAACGGUGCAGAAUGUGUUGAUCUGGUGAACUCCUACCUCUGUCAGUGUCUCGAGGGGUUUUCAGGUCCUAACUGUGAGGACAGCAGCAGCGUCUCUGGAUACUGUCUGUCCUUCCCUUGUCAGAACAGUGGGACGUGUCAGGAGGGAGCAAACGGCUACACCUGUACCUGCCCUCCAGGAUAUACUGGCAAAAACUGCAGCUCCCCCAUCUCCCGCUGCCAUCACAACCCCUGCCACAAUGGAGCCACCUGCCAUGAGCGUGGCGGCCGCUACGUGUGCGCCUGUGUGCCUGGCUACGGCGGUCACAACUGCCAGUUCCUGUUACCCGAGGUUCCCAGGGGUCAGCCGGUGGUGGAUGGACCAGAUCGUCGAUAUUCUUCCCCAGAUGGUGAAAAUGUUGAAGACGAGGAGGAUGACGACAGUGGAUUCCCCUGGACGGCCGUGUGCGCCGGCGUCUUCCUCGUUCUGGUGAUCCUGAUCGGCUGCUCCGUGCUGGUGGUCUACGUCCGGGUCAAACUGCAGGAGAGGCACAGUCACCACGGCGACAGUGUCCACAGCGACAGCCACGAGACCAUGAACAACCUGACGACCACCAACAAUUGUCUCCGUAGCGACAAGGACGUGGGCACUAUGAUGACAACGUCAAUUAAAAAUAACAACAAGAAGGCGGAUUACCAUUUGGACCUCGGCGGGUCACUGGGUGGUCUGAGUGGAAUCAGCGGACUCAACGGAUCGGAGAAGAACGGCUUUAAGACUCGCUAUCCCAGUGUGGAGUACAACAUGGUCCACGAGCAGCGGCCUGAGGAGCUGUCGCUGUGUAAAGAAGAGGAGCGCGAUGGGCCAGAGGUUAAAUGUGAAAUGCUGGAUGAGUCCGACUCCGAGGAAAGAUACAGGAAGAGACAAAACAGCAAUGCAUCAGAAAUGAAACAAGUAGAAGAGUCACCAAGCUGCAGCGAAGCAAAAUAUAAUUCAUCCAGCGAGUUGAACUAUCACGCAGCAAGUGACGUCAAAUACCAGUCGACCAGUGACGUCAAAUUCCAGUCGACCAGUGAUGUUGAACACCACAAUCCCAGUGACAGCAGGUACCAGUGUACCAACGACACCAAAUACCAGUCGGUCUAUGUCAUGUCGGACCAAAAAGAUGAAUGUAUCAUAGCUACUGAGGUAUGAUACCAGACCAGACCAGUUUCCUGUGGUUGAUGGCGGUCCACACACACCAGCCCUGAGCAGUAGAGCUCAGCUUGUGUCCGGGAGGUUUUACUCCUGCUGUUUGCUGCUGUUCCCUGGGAUUUACCGGAGGACUUUCAGCCAAGGUGCUACUGAGCCAGCGCGUCAGAGUCAGUACCGACUUGGCCAGGACUUAGUACUACAGUAGUACUACGGCUGAAUACUUGACAUUUUUGAUCUGCGAUGGAUGUUAGGUCUAAUGCUGACUCAGUGCUAUGGAUGAAGUACUAGCACUAGUACAGACUUUGUACAGAAACAGUGCUGAACAAGUACUCAUGCAGCAGUGGAAGAUUUCCUGCUCGUACCAGGAUGAACUAUGGAGUAUCGACUUGGAUGUUGACCGAUGAUAUUGUAGUACCUUUGGAGUACUGAUUGAAUGAACAGUGUAGUACCUAUGAAGUACUGAGAACUUUUGAAGUACUGUUGUACUACUGUUAUGUGCUGUGGUUUUACAAUGCAGUGUAAAAGCUGUCGUGGAUAUUGGACAGUUCUUGUUCUGUGCAGUGCUGCAGAGUGAUGCUACGUUCACAAUACGAGCAACAAAAGCAACACGGCCAAGCGUGGCCAGCUAAAUUGUCGGCGAGUCGCUGUUUAAGUGUUGAUCAAGCGCUCGUUGACGUAGAUAAAUAGCAAUAACAAUUUCUUCCAUUUUUUUUAGAGGAACGGAAAUGGUGAAAUAAAAACAUAUGAUUGGUUGUUGCUUCAUAGCGUCAUUAAAGCGCUAAAAAAACAUUGAUCUGUAGCGCGUCACGUCCUUCAUGCAACGACAAGUGUCGGACGAACGUUUUUUAGAUUCAUGUCACCGUCUUCCAUUGAAAAGGACGAGCAUGCUGUUGCUUUGUCGCUCGUAGUUUGAACGCAGCAUGAAGGAUGAUGUAUUAGUAGAAGUACCUGUACUCCAUUAGGACUGCAGCUGCUUAAGAAUUUAUUCAAAAACAGUGGGACUUCUACGGCCGCUGUGCAUCUCUAACUCUGCAGCACUGAUGGACAAUGUUGGCUGAGCUGGUUCUCAGCAGUAAAAUAGAGAACUGAAGACUCCAGUAGUGACUGCAGAUCGAUCCAACAUGGAUCCUGUUGGGCCAUACUGGCCCCCUGACCCCUGAAGGUUGUGAUACACAGGGCAAUGUUUUGGGCAGGGCAACUUAGGAAACACAACAAUCAGCAUGAGAGAAUGAACAAAGGAAAAGAUGGUGAAACAAAUCAUUUUUUAUUGUGUACUGUUGUAUUUUAAUGCUUUGGCAACAUUGUUUCUUGAAAAUAUAGCCAAUAUAGCAACUUUGAAUUGAAAAUUGAAAAGGGAAGUGUACUUAUCCAAUUACAUAUUUUUCCUGGCAGCUCCUUUGACCACAAUUUACUGACAAAACUACCCAAAGAAAGUUGAUUCAAGUACAAAAUUCUCCUCUGAUGAUGCUGUUGUGUUUCCAAGUAAGCCGAGCUAUAAAGGAUUAGUCUUAACUCCCAAGACCUCAUUGCACUAUGGAGGUGUGCGUGUGUGUGUGUGUAUGAGUGUGUGUGUACAGAAGAGGUGAUGAUACCUCUGUGUGGUGUCACAUGUAUGCACUGCCCGCUCCUUUCACUCCCAGUCUUCCACUAUUAGCCAAUUGAAGGACACCAUCACCCUGCCUGCCGUUGGUUAGGAUCAUUUGUUUUUUAUUUUAUUUGUUAUCUAAAAAAAGUUGUAUUCUUUUAAUUUAAUUAUGUAAUUAUUUGUGUUGCAUUUUGUUGUGAUUUCUUUUGUUAAACCUGUUAUAAUUUAAGUUGGAUUGUUUUUAUUUGGCAGAUAAUGUAUGUGUGUAAGUAUGUAUGUAUGCAUGUAUGUGUUAGGCACUUGAGACCCCUGUGACUGUGUUGUAUUUAAGAGAAAAGUCGUAUGUACAGAGCCUGUCAUUUUUAUUACUGGAAAACAGCGCAAUAUUUUUCCAAAAUAAAAGAGGAAUGAAAUAUA